CUGCGAGCGGUUGCGUUUCUGUCAGUGCGAAUAAUAAUUUAAAAACAUGCCGGUGGAUAUCGAGCAGUGGACGGGUCCUCUCUCCCUCACUGAGGUGGAGGAAAAGCCGAGCAAACCCCUAACGGUUAAAUACGGCAGUGUGGAGAUUGACGAGUUGGGGAAAGUGCUCACACCCACUAAGGUGCAGAAUCGGCCCACAGUGAUCGAGUGGGAAGGCUGCGACUCGAGCAAGCUGUACACUUUAGCCAUGACUGAUCCGGACGCUCCGAGCAGGAAAGACCCCAAAUUCAGAGAAUGGCAUCACUUUCUCGUGGUGAACGUGAAAGGGAACGACGUCUCCAGCGGGUGCGUGAUGUCCGACUACGUGGGUUCUGGUCCCCCGAAAGGAACCGGCCUCCAUCGUUACGUGUGGUUGGUGUACGAGCAGUCGGGAACGGUGAACUGCACCGAACGCGUCCUGACCAACCGCUCCGGAGACAACCGCGGGAAAUUCAAAAUCCAAAACUUCCGCAAGAAAUACGGCCUGGGCGCGCCGGUGGCCGGGACCUGCUACCAGGCCGAGUGGGACGACUACGUCCCCAAACUCUACGAGCAGCUAGCGGGGAAAUAAUCAGGGAUUUGUAAACAAAAUAAGUAAACGAGUGCGACGGCAUCCGAUGGGAUACGUGUUGCUAUGCAGAUUUAAUUUGGCGGUGUGAUGUCACUGAUUGUCGUUAGGCUCUCUGUGAUCGGUUGAAAUGUCUUACGGAGAAAAAAAAAAACGUUUAGAAAUUUCAAAUCAUAUCCCACCUCAAAGCAAUCAGUGAAAUCACGUUGAAUCCGGAGUCUUGCCUUGCUUUCAACAUGUUGCACUUAACAGGGGGGGCAUUUACUUAAUUCCCCCCCCCCCCCCCCCCCUUCUUCUUCUUUAAUUUAUAAUCCCUAAUGUUAGCUUUUGUUCCGCCCCUCGAACACACCGCUUUAACGUCACGUCCUCGUUAAACAAACGAAUAAAGAAAAACGCAUUCA